GUUCACUUUUGUCAAACAGGAAAACUGGUUUUCCCCUAUACACACACCCCUUUCUUUCUGCCCUAAAAUCUUCAAUUCUGAACACCACUUCACUCUCAUUUUUCCUCCCAAUUUCCAACCUCUUUCUUGAUUUCUUCUCUCCCACCCACGAAUUUUUAAAAAAAUUAAAGUCAAGAUUUUUAUGUUUGUAUAUGUAAAUUUCUUCCAUAAUCUGUAUAAAGUUACAAACUUUCUUAAAAAUAACCCCAAAUAAACACAACCCACGAUCUCAUAUGUAUAGAUUCUAUAUAUAAUUACAAUCUUUUUUUUUUCUUACUCUUUUGUUAGAAAAUAAAAAUUCCCAGAAAAUAAAAUUUCAAGAUCCGGUCCACUAUGUCGGACCAGGAAACAAACACCAACCUUGCUGUAGUGAAACGACAACGGCCGUCACGUGCAUGUACAGCACGCUCCGCCGUUCGGAUAUACGAAGCUGCUGUGGCUGAAGCUGCGGUCGUGGCGGCUGUCAGGAAACAGAAGCCUCGCCGGCGAAAACGACCGGAAGUGGCGGAAGAAGAAGAUGAAGAAGAAGAACAACCGCCGCCGUCGCCGCCUAAUCCGUACAGUGACGUCAUUACACCGUUGGUUGCUGAACCUGAACCAUCACAGUUGCCACGUUGGCGUAUUAGGUCUAUGUGGGAGUUGGCCUCUAUUCUUAACUUUUUAAAUGUUUUCAGGCCAUUAUUGAAUAUAAAAGUCGAGUUUUCGGUGGAGGAGCUCGAGACAGCUUUGAUUACGCCGAAUAAUACGUUGGGUGAAAUACAUAUUCCUUUGUUGAAGGCAAUACCUCCGAUUGCUCGGAUGGCUCUAGGACAAAAUACUUGGGUUACUGUUCUAUGCCGGAAGCUAAGAGAUUGGUGGCACUGGGUAUCAGAAGGGGAAUUACCUAUAGUUGCAUCACAAGGGGCCGAAAUUGAUAUAUACAACACACUUGAUCCGGGUGUUCGUGUGGUCAUACUUAAAGCCUUAUGUGACAUUCGUGUUGAGCAAGAUGAUAUUCGAAGCUAUAUAGAUGACUCUAUAAAACAUGGUGUUCCUCUCUCUGCAUUUCGUAAAGAACGUACAGGUGGCGAUUCUCAUGGAAUUUCUUUCUGGUAUGAAGAUGAUCCUAUUAUCGGGCAGAGGUUGUAUCGUGAGAUUAGAAAAGUCGAGGUGAAGAAGGGAAAGGGUAAAAAUGUACAUUCCGUUCCAUCUUACCAAUGGGAAACGGUUUCCACUAAUUUGGACGAGUUUCAAGACGUUUCUGACAAGCUUAUUUGUAGCAAAAAUAGAACCGAGUCUUCACUUGGGAAGAAACUAAAAAUUGAUGUGCUUCCAGAGAUUGAGAAAGUCCAUAAGAGGAGAGAGAAACUGCUAAAAAAGCAACACAGAGAAGCGCUUCUUCUUGAUGGUAUGAUCCUCGAUGGACUUGGUCUGGGCCGAUCUCUUCGCGGUAGAAAACAAGUGUCUUACACUUUUGAUGAUUAUGACCGAUCAAUCAACGAGGCGAUUAAGAUAACAAAAGGGAAGCAACCUUCACUAGAACCAAGUGUAAGAAGAGAAGGCUUGAGACAUGAUGCAUCUGCAAAUGGUAGAUGGGGUGUUUCCACGCCCUCAAAUAAUUCUCAUAAUGGCGGGUUCAGUCCGCCAUCUCCUGAUUCACUCGAUUAUAAUGAAGUUGAUGAGGAUCAUAAAUCCGAACAGUUGGAUCGCAGCGAUCGAAGGAGGCAGCGGUCUCGACGUUACUCUGCACAAGAGUUUGUGGAAGCAGCUUCAGACUACGAGGCGGGCAAUGAUAGUGAUUAUGAAUAUGAUGAUGAUGAAAUUGUUGGUGAAGCGGUGUAUGAUGAAGAAUAUCUAAAGAAACGAAAAGAGAGGAAAAAAACGUCAAGCAGUUCUGAAGGAGACGAGGAGUAUAAUUUUGAUGACAAUAACACCGAAGAUGAGGAUGAAGGUGAAGAGUCGUUAAGUGCAAGUGAAGAAAGUGACGCAGGCCCGCGAAAAUUCAAAAAAUUGCCGGGCCGGACCAGGCGUCAAACAAAGCUAAGAUCAGUCAAUGAAGUCAAAUCUGGUCCCAGACGCAGUAGACGAGCCGCUCGGAGCCGUAUAGAUUAUAAACAGUAUGAGUUUUCAGAUUCAGAACCUGAAUCAGCAAAACUCGAGACGUCUAAUAGUUCAGAUAAACAGUCGGAACCAAGUGAGAAAUCAGGAUUUUCAAUGGGAAGCAGUGAUGACACUGAUGCAGAGAAUAAUGAGGAUGAUAACGUGAUUUAUGAUGAUAAUGAUGAUGAUAUUGAUAAUGAUGUUGAUACUGGUAUGGAUAAUGAUAAUGAUAAUGACAUUGAUAAUGAAGAGAUUAAGAUCGACCAAUCCAUUAUUGAAGAGCACCCAAAGAUUGAAGAGGAAGAACAAAAUGUAUCAGCCAUGAAGUUAGAUAGCCCGGUACAAGAUGAGUUUGAAAACGGUGCACGGAAAACAAGGUUUCUUGACCUAAACGAGCUUGCGCCAGGUUCGGGCUUUGAAGAUGGUCCGAUGAAGGACGACGAUACAGAUAACUUCUAGAACCAUGUAGAUUGGGUCAGGUGGGUCAUUUUUUAAGCAUGCCGCCUUCAUAUAUGAAUCGGAGAAUCAUUUUUUAGCGGUGUAAUAUUUAGAGAGACAGGAGGCUGUCACUUAAGAUGUCGAAGCACUGUUUUUUUAAUCAAUCUGUCAAGAAUCUUGGCUGGCUGGAUAUGUUGAUAUUAUCAACAUUUAGAAGCCAAAUUGUAUGUUGUACUUAGAAAUCAUUAGCCUCCUCCGGAAAGAUACUACUAAUUUCUUACAUUUAUGUAUUUCAGCAGUAACAUAGUAUGUAAAAAUCGUGAAUCUCAUUUCAGUCGGUGAAAUAAGUGAGUGAGGAUUUCGGUUUGUCAGAUGUGUUGAUAGUAUCAACAUUUGUUGUACCUUGAAAACAUCAUCUUUUUUCAGAAAGGUUAUGCAAAGAUUUUGAGCCAA